UCAUGCUGCUGCCAGGUCCAGAGUGUCUCAUGGGUCCCUGUACGGCCUCCCAUUGCUGCUGUCUCCAUCGCCACACUCUGCCAUGUGCCACUUUCAGGUCUCCUCACACUGCUGGUGGGUUCCAUUUUGUCAUAGGGUGCUGGCAGAUUACGGGCCUCCCAUUGCUGCUGCCAGGCCCGUAAUCUGCCAUGGGCCCCUGUACCGCCUCCUCAUGCUGCUGCCAGGUCCAGAGUGUCUCAUGGGUCCCUGUACGGCCUCCCAUUGCUGCUGUCUCCAUCGCCCACACUCUGCCAUGUGCCACUUUCAGGUCUCUCCUCACACUGCUGGUGUGUUCCAUUUUGUC